GGUAAUGUUCCUGAAUUUUCCCAAAAAAAAAAGAUACAUUAUAAGUUGCGAGAAGCCGAGAAAGAGCGGCCGAGCGGCAGAGAGAGAGAGAUGGAUGAGGAGGAACACGAGGUUUAUGGCGGAGACAUCCCAGACGAGGGAGAGAUGGAAGGAGACAUGGAUGGAAAUGCUGCGGAGGUCGAGAUGGCUAGGGCGGAUGGCGAUGCUGUCAAGGAAUUGGACGAGAUGAAGAAACGGUUGAAGGAGAUGGAAGAAGAAGCAGCCGCUCUUCGUGAGAUGCAGGCUAAAGUCGAGAAGGAAAUGGGUGCCGUGCAAGGUUCUUUUUUUUUUCUUAUUGUUCCUAUUUUUUUGGUUUGAGUUCUUCGUUUCGUU